AUGGAAACAGCGAUUUCCGGUCUGGUCCUCUCCCAAAUCAACUGGCUAAAACAGCCUUUAGAGCAUCUAGUUAUUUUUGUGGGAGCUGGGACGAGGCUGGCCACGUCGGUAGCUAUGACAACCACCACUUCCGGUCCGUGCUUAUUUACCGCCCACCUUAGCUCAGUACCCGCGAAAUUUGUAUCCCUCUGCGGGUGGCCGUCUGCUUUCGGUGGAGGACUGCCGGGAGAAGGAGGAAGAUAUCGAAGACCCAGGAACGCCCCGGAGUUGGGGCUCCAAUUCAGCCCUUCUGGUGGCCGGAGGUGUGAGAAGGAAACGGACAAAACGCAUCUACCUGCGCGCGGAGAGCACCAGGCCCCGCCUCCCUCGCAACGACGGCCGCCUGGGGGCUCGCCCCGAGGCAGCCUCACGACCCCGUUCGGGAAGUCGCAGUUGCUCUUCCCCAAGGACCAGGCCCGGUGGCGGCUGUGGGACUGCUUCGUGUGGGGCCGUCGCGCCGACUGGUCCGGGCGCAGUGACCGGCUGGUGAUUGGCUCUGGUCAUUUUGACGUUUCUUCGGUGAUCCAGAAGAACCUGCGCUUCUCCCAGCGCCCGAGGCUCGCGGCGGGCAUCAUGCCCACUCUGCUGCGUGUGUCCUCCCCAGCACCUGCGGGGGAACAAGAGGGAGACCAAACGGGCGAGCCUGAAAAGGAAGAGAGCCCCAGACCGUCAGGCAUGCAGAGGCCGCCCAGCAUCCAGCCUCCGGUACGCUCCCUGGACCAGGAAGAGGGCUGCGGCUUUUUUAUUAUAUUUGAAAAUGAUAUUACGCAAAUACAAGUCUAUGCUGACAAUCUAUCUAAUGAUGUCACUUCGGUAGCUACUCACUGCAAAGAAGCCCAAGUGCAUAAAAGUACACAAAUUUCUCUAAGGCACCUUUAUGGUCCUGUGGGUACUCAGGCCACGGCGAAAGUAUUUGUGAGACCACAGUGUCCUGCAGCUACUCAGGCUGAUGAGUUAUGGUCUAGAAUUUCCUCUGCCUUUGACAUUGACUUCAUUGACUCAGAAACAGGUUCAGACUGGUACAUCAAGAGGAAACAGCGUGUGUGUGCCCUGACUGGUGUGGCUUGA